UCCCCUGCGCCGUAACCCCGAACAGAGUGAAAAGAAGGGUUUGUAAGAGAAAGAAAAAAGAGGCGCAAGAUGAGUGGUAGGGUUUCUGGGAAGGUGAAGUGGUUCAACGAUCAGAAGGGGUUUGGAUUCAUAACCCCUGACGAUGGCAGCGAGGAACUCUUCGUUCACCAAUCUCAGAUCAAAUCUGACGGUUUCCGAAGCCUAGCUGAAGGAGAGUCCGUUGAGUUCGCUAUUGAAUCUGAAUCUGACGGACGCGCCAAGGCUGUUGAUGUCACUGGCCCCGACGGCGCCAGCGUCCAGGGAACCAGACGCGGCGGUGAUGGUGGCCGAAGCUAUGGCGGGGGACGAGGAGGUGGUGGAGGUGGAUAUGGCGGUGGCGGCGGCUACGGUGGUGGCGGUGGCUAUGGUGGAGGCGGUGGCUACGGUGGUGGCGGGCGAGGCGGUGGUGGCGGGGCUUGCUACAACUGCGGUGAAUCGGGACAUCUGGCUAGGGACUGCAGCCAAGGAGGCGGUGGAGACAGGUACGGCGGAGGCGGUGGUGGUGGUGGCAGGUAUGGAGGCGGCGGUGGCGGGAGGUACGGUGGUGGUGGAGGAGGUGGUGGCGGCGGAGGAAGCUGCUACAGCUGUGGAGAGUCUGGGCAUUUCGCCAGAGAUUGCCCAUCAAGUGCUCGUUGAAAUUACUGUUAUGGUGGUUUAUGUUAUGCGGAUUGUUUUAAGUUUUUACUUUAACAUGUUGUAGGGAUUUUAAUGGUUUCUGUCAAAGCUGUGGCUUCUUAUAAGUAGAUGCGUGAGAUUUUUCUUUUUUUUGGUUAUUUAAAUGAAAGUUUCUGUGUUAUCGUUACAAUCUGCAAACAAAAUCUGUUUGGACCUACAUUUUGCUAUAAUGAAUUGGAUGAUUGUUAUCAGUUUCUGUGGUAA